AUGUCAUCAGCAGCAGCUAUUACUCAAACAGUUGUUGGAGCUGGUAGAAAGAUUGUCAGCUUCCAAUUACAAGGUAUCGAUCGUUCGUUACCAUACAUUGCCAAGAGAAUUGCUUGGGCUGCCAAGAUGGCGGGUAUCAACACAUCGGGUCCAUCAACCCUCCCAACCACCUACAAGCAAUAUACUAUCAACAAGUCACCACAUGUCGAUAAGAGAUCUAGAGAUCAGUACGAAAUCAGAGUCAUGAGACGUGUCGUUCAAAUCGACGCUCCUCUUGAAGUAGCUGACAAGUUUGCAAAGUUUGUUGAAACCAAGCUACCACCUAUGGCUUCAACUGUCGAUAUCAAGAUUGUUGAAAAGCGUUAUGUCCCAGCUGAAGAACUUUAUUCAGGAAAGAGAGUUGCUUAA